AGGAAGAAGGACAGACCUUUACGCCUCAACAGCACUUCAAGGGUUUCUUUUCCUCAAACGGGUUGCCUCAAUUUCUCCCUGUUGUUACUGAAAUAAGACAACUUUUUCAACUCAAGAGUAGUGCCAUACACGACGGGAUAUUUUACUGUCAGAGUUUGGAUUUUAAAGUUUCAAUAAAUGAUGGAUUUAAGGAGUUUGGUUGGCCUACCUGCUGUUCUGCUACUCUUCGGUGUAGUCGCUGUGUUCGCGCAAACUGCCGCACCUCGGAUAGUGUGUGAGACUAAGAAUGGAACAAGCUGUGAGGAAUGUCUAAAGAUUGUGACGUGCCUGUGGUGUCAGAAGACUAAGAUGUGUAUCACGUACCCAGUCAAAACCAUCCUCCCGCCGCACGCCCUCUGUCCCCUCAACGAUGCACGCUGGGGACGCUGCUGGGUGAACUUCCAGUCAUUGAUCAUCGCCAUGGCGGUGGUGGGUGGAGUCAUUAUCAUCGCCUUCCUGGUCUGCCUCUUCUGCUGCUGCAAGUGUGAACACAUCGGGUCUACGAGGUUCGAUGCCAAGAUGGAGAGACGGACCAAUAAGAUGAAGGGAAAACAGGAAGAGAGAAAGGCAGAGAUGAAGAUGAGGCAUGAGGAAAUCAGAACGAAAUAUGGUCUCAGUGGGUCCAACCCGUACUCCAAGUUCUCCUGAGCUGAUAUUUGGACACUGUACUAUCAACUGCCUUCCUUCUCUUUACAGCUGACCUUUCAAAACCCCCCCCCAUUAAUCAUAAAAAGUCUUAGGUGUUUUUAAAGGAUUUGUAUAAUUUCAGACCGUAAAAUUGUGCACAUCUCUUAUUUCGUAUGUUAUGUCCUGCAAAAAAAUAUAUUUCCUGCAAUUCGUAUGAUGUAACAAAUUCCAAUUUGUACAAUAUGUUCCGAUUUUGUAAGUUCUUAAAAUCCCGUUCAAUAUCUUUAACCGUUUUGAGGGGAAUACAUGAAACUGGCCUUAGAUCAAAGUUUUGGGACAACCUGAUAUACAACAUUAUCUUCCCAUGUAACACAGGUCAUUAAACAUUGUGUUGAAUGUAAUGAACAAAGUCUUCUACGAAUACUUAGCUAGAACAAGUUCUGCGCUGCUUGGUGAGUGGUGCAGUGCAGAACAUGUCUUGCAGUGCAGACUGUGAGGGCAGUGGAGAGGUGCAGUAGCCUUAAAUGUACCUUAUAUACCUUCUGUGACUACUACUGUAUUAUAAACUCAUAAUGAUGAUGGUACUUGAGGGUUACUACUUGGUUGUAUGAGAUCUUGCCUAUGCUCUACUUGAAUGAGAAGAUGCACUCCAGGAAAGUUGACCUUUUUCUAUGUAUAUUUAUCUGAUGGUGAACUGAAUCAGAAAUGUGUCCAGUGCACGCACACCUGUACUCCAUCAAACAAUAAACUUGUAUAGAUGUAUUGUUUUUCUAAUUUUAACCAGAAUUGUCCUUAAUGAAGCACUAUGCAGAAAUUCCUCUGCCAUUUCCUGCUUGCUAAAUUAUUAAUAGUUCACCUUAUUUCAGUUUGUGACAAAACAAGCAAGAAAGUCAUUGUACCAUCUAAACAGCUGUGAAAUAUAUUUUCCAUACGGUAAGCAUAGAUCUGCUUCUUAAACUUGUUUUCAAAGAGUCACAGAUCUAUAACUCACAUUUGUAUGUGAAUUUGGUCAGGUCGCCCAAAAAGUUACAUAUUGCAGCUUUAAAUAGGAGGCUAUUCAGAAGAGUUGAAUGCUCAGAAUUGCAGAUAGAAAUGUACCCUACCAUAUAGAAUGUACACACCUUGUAAAAUGACGAAUGUCAGAUCUAAGUAAUAUUUUUCUACCGGUGACAGCUUUCUCAUUUACAGACACCAGCUACUUCAGUUAGAAUAUUGUCAGGCCAAAUUAAUCAACGUUUUAUUAAUGUCUAAUUGUGUAAUAAACUACCCUUUGUCUGUUGAUUGAACAAAUAUAUUUUUAGUCAAAUAAACUUUCCACUAUGUAA